GCAGCGCCACCAGUCAAGUUCACCGUUUGACGUUAUUGUCAUUUCCGAAGUUUUCCAAAAGAAUCAGGACAAUGGCUUUCGGCGAUUAUCCUGCAGAUUACAAUCCAAAGGUGCACGGCCCCUAUGACCCUGCCCGUUUUUACGGAAAACCCGAUACCCCAUUCGGACAGGUAAAAGUUGGUGAAAUUAGCGCAUGGUUGGGACGCCGCAACAAGGGGCCAGCUGCUAUCACUGGUGCUAUUAGCCGUGAAUCUUUGGAAGAUAUUUCGGAUAUUACUCUCCCAGAGGGCAAGAAAAUAUUCUUCCACGAAACAUCGUGUAAUUCCGACCAAACAGGCAAAAUAACCAUUAACGCAGUACAAGCUUGUUCUGUGGAAUCUGCUGCAAAGUUAAAUCCAGAUCGCGCGGUGUAUCUGUUGUAUUUAUCCAGCGGUGUGAUUAAGAAUGAAGGCAGCGAGCCUGAUAGAUUGUUGGAGGCUUUGUUGUCCUACAAUAACGUGAAAAUAUAUCACGUGGACGUUAUGAAAUAUGUGAGAGAUACUCCCGCGGAAGUUCUAUUUUUGAAGGAAAGAGUGCAAAGGUCUGAAUAUCAAGUUUCUCAUGCUAGCGAUGUUAUGAGAUACCUAACGCUGUGGAAAUACGGAGGGGUAUAUUUGGAUUUAGACGUAAUUGUUUUAAAAAGUUUUGAUGAGUUGGAUGAAAAUUUCUCGGGGGCUCAGUUGCCAACGGAAAUAGCCGCAGGCGUAAUGGGGUUCGGUAAUUCUGAAAUUGGUAAAAAAUAUGCUACCGAUUGUUUGAGUGAUUUGGUCGACAAUUUUGAUGGUUUUAUAUGGGGUGCUAACGGGCCUGAUGUUAUAACCAGAUUUGCCUCAAAACUGUGUAACACAGAAAAAGGAUUUGAUGUAACAAAAACGUGUGAAAAUUUUACUGUAUAUGGGCCAGAAAUAUUUUACCCCAUACCAUAUUACUGGUGGUAUUAUUAUUUCGAUGGUGUUCACAAAAAAGCUGGACAAAAUAUGAUAAAAAACGCGCACGUUCUACAUGUGUGGAAGAGCAUGAAUACAGAAUAUAAACAAUUUAGAACUGAAGAUAGUUCAAUUUAUACGGAUUAUGCUAAAUUGUUUUGUCCCAAUGUUUUCGAGCAGUUGGAUGAGUAUAUUUAAUAAAUAAUAUCAA